GGACAAACAUUAUCUUAUAUACGAUUAAUAGUACUAUAUCACAUGCGUUUCUUUAAAGAGUUAGAUUGCUAUUCAUUGUCUCCAAAGAACAAAGCCACCUGGUUCCAUACUUUUUGUCUGCGACUAAGUUCACUUUAACUAGCAAAUCAGUAUCAUUAGUGACUAAUUACUUUUCUAAGUUUAACACUAAUAAAAUUUAAGGGUUAAUUUCAAAUUAUCUACCUAAAUGUCACUCAUGAAAAUUGAAAGGGAAAUAUUUAUUAAAUAUUAAAAUUAAGGUGAGAAUUGCGUGAGAACUCUCCUUUCUCUAACGUAGGUACUUACGACACCGUUAAAAAAGUAGGUAAUUACGACAAAAACAGACGCAAACAAAAAGAGAAGAAAGUAAAUCUGGAAGUAUUAUUCAGUAUAUUAAGUUUCAGAAAAGAAGUAUUUAGUAUAUUAGAAAAUGAAUCAUAUUUUUUUUAAAAGAAAUCUUAUAACAUAAAGUAGACCUUCACUCUCUUUUCCUCCCUCCACGUCAGAAAAUAGAGUCUCCUGCGCUCGCCACGUGUCAUGUCCCUUGAUCCGCUGCGUUUAAUUAACCUAUGUAUUACAUUGUCUUUUAAUUUGAUCUGGGCCUUACCUUCAUUCUGAUUGGCGAGCCCAUAGUGAGUUUCUCCAAAUGUAAACAUGGCGAUGAACGUCGUUUCGUAUUAGAGUUUUCGACUACCUUUUAUCUCCACCAUUAAAUGUGAGACAGAACCAGAGUUCUUUGAGAGUUCUUCCAACUUCUUCCUAACGAUCUAUACCAGUUACAGAUUUCCUAUCUUAAAGUAAUUCUUACAUCAUCACCCACUAUCUAUGUUUAAUGCGAGCUUCUUCAGGCAAAGCGGUGGAGCUUUGAUUAUAAAAGGCAAUCUUGCUUUCCGAUCCGAAGACCGGACGAUGCUCAUUCACCGUUCUAGCCUGAUUGCUCCGCUUCUGGGAGGUCAAGAACGUCCGACGCGACGGCGAACUCAUGGGAGUCGCUACGUUGCUCCUUGAUUCCCAGGAUCACCCGUCGUGUUGAAUCUUUAUCAACAAGAUUUUCUGACCAUUUUAUGUUUAGUCGACCAUGAUGCCGGCGACGGUGAAGGUGAACCGGCUUGAAACUCACAGGCCUAAUCUGAAGACGGGUUAACUAUAUUCCCCAAGCCGGUUUUGAUGUGACCCGAUGUAAUCUGAAUUACCAACUGUCGAACUCCUCAAUGAUGAUUCGUUUCGGUGAGUCAACCUCUUUUGAUGAGAUAACUCGAACCAGCUAUUCCGAUAGGUGUGGAAUCUUUUCGGUUCCGUUGUCACAGCGAGCUGCUUGGUCUUGCCAACACAAACACUCAGCUUCCAGACAUCGUCGGUGAGAUAACUGCCGUGAAGAGCACUGUCACCGAUCCUCCGCAGAACAAUAACCGUCUGAUGGCAACCAUAAAAAUGGAUAAGUUACUAAUUCUUCCAUAUUUAUCCAUUUAGAUUUUAAUUUGUCUACUUUAAAAACUAUUACAUUUUGAUCAGUUUUUUUAUGUACAUGUUAUCAGUGAUGUUUCGGUGACAAUGAGUCUGUUCGACUCACAGGCUGUCAAGCUCCACAAACAACUUGAAUCGGUGGGAGGUGAUCCAAGGGUUCUGGUUGCAGCCAGUAUCAACCCCAAAAUUGUGGGAGGUCGUCUGUUUCUGAAUGCUGCUUCAGGCACACACAUAUAUUUUGACAAGGAAACCACCGCAGGGGAGACUUAUUUCUACAGGCUGGUUGCCCAAGACACUGGGCUUCCAUCAGCAGCUCCAUUGCUAAAGAGCUACGCCAAAGUGGAAUCUCUGCGCAUAGCUGAGCUCAAUGAAUUUGUCAUAUCUGCUUCUUCUCAGGAGAUUGAUUUCAUCUGCACCGGGAAGGUCACUGGUAUCAAGCUGGACAAGGGAUUGUGCUACGUUUCUUGCUCCAACUGCACCAAAAGCUCCAACGCACUGUCUCAGCUUUCACCUGUCUGCAUUGUACUAAUACUAAUGCUAUAUCGGGUGGAGAUGUCCAUUGUUGUUUGUUUUAAUGGGGUUAUGACAAAACUGCAUAAUAUGAGAGCCUAUGAAACUAGCCAUCUUUUGGCUGGUAAUGGUGUGAACCCGGAGGACACUCAGGCACCUCCAUUUGUUGCAGGCAUGGAGGGUAGGCCUACACAUUCCAGGUUAAGGUCGGUGCAUACAACUUCACUGCAAACCAUCAAACCUUUACGAUCUCCCCAUCCUUAGUGAAUGUGACUGUAUGCCGCUCUCUCAAUUUGUUGACAAUGGAGGCGAUGAUGACAAUGGAGACAACAACAGUGGUGCCAUCUCGGUUCGUUCUAAGGUGGAGACUGGUGGUAGCAGUCAGGUGCAAGGAUCCUCAGAAGUUAAGAAGAAUGCCGUAAGGCAUAGGUGGAGAUGAUUGGAUACUUGAAGUCUUGAAGUUAUGAUGCAGUAUUUUCCGCUUUCAAUAAUGCUUAUGCAUCUGUUUUUUCCCCUGUUUUGUUGACAACUUGGUCUUUAAAUAUUGGUUAGUUUAUGUUUGGUUACACACAAGCUGUAUAAAAUCUAUCACGUACUCCAGUUGUUUUGUAUUUAAGAUCCUUAUUCAUACUUGGAUAGCUCAAAGACUGCUUGAAAUGGAAUAUGAGUCUAUUAAUAUUA